AUGAACCACGGCGUAUCGUACGGUAUGCUAGUUUUUAUUAUUGUGUGUUUUCAAUAUGAAUAUGUGUACAACGAUUCGAUGGAAAGUAAUGAAAUUGGCAUAAUUCGAAUACAAAUCGCCGUCAUCCUUCCGAAAGACACCGACGAACCACCAGAAAUACGACAGUAUCCAUACAGGUUUGAAAUGGCGUGUCCCGCGAUCGACAUCGCUGUUGAAAAGUUGAUGAUGGUGGAACAUUUUUUCGGUGGACGGAAUGUGACCAUGACAAUUAGGAAAGUGGACUCUGGAUGUUCUAACGCCGUUGCUCCAAUUCGUGCCGUAGAGUUCAUCACGGAAAAACAAGUAGACGUAUUUCUAGGACCAGCGUGUGACUAUGCCGCCGCAGCCGUCGCCAGAUUCGCCGCUCACUGGGAUAUACCUUUUCUGACGGCUGGCGCUAAAGCAAAGGAAUUCGCGAUGAAAGAUAUGGCCGAUUUCCGCACUUUGACACGAGCUCACGGUCCCUUUUUAAAAAUGGCCGAAUUUAUGAUGGAAAUAUUGCGUAAGUUCGAGUGGAGUUCACCGGCUAUUAUUCAUAGCGAUAUAGACGUUUCCCUGUACAGAGACUGCUGGCUGUUCGGUGGUGCCCUUUUUCACCUGUUCUAUCGAGCUGGUUGGUACGAUCCUGGCAAGGACUACCCUGGGUACCAAAAGUUUGUGGAGGACGAAGAUCCUAACUAUGCAAAGAUCCUCCAAGAAACUGUCAUGCCAAAUGGUAGAA